AAGCAGGCUGCAGGCGGAGGGAGCAGCAGCAGUACACAGACGAGCAGUCCUCCAUGGGAUCCCCGCAGCGGCUUGUAAAGGCAGACUGGCUGACGUGAUGACGUUACCGGGAGCAGCGGCUCUCCUGCUGGCUCACAGCUGAUGGAGAGGAGUCCCUGCUCCUCCUCUCACACAGACGGCCGGGGUCAUAUGAGGAGGACGCGGAGCCCAGAAAUGAUACUCUGAACUGGACAAAGACAUUACCCGCAUCAGCUGGAAGCACUGGGAAGCAUUGAAUGGAAUGGAUGCCUUGCUUGUUGAUGAGUCUACAAGAUAGAGAUAGCUGGUUUCGUGGAUGUUUAUUUUCAACCAGCUGACAUGAGUCUUGGAUCUGCCACGAGGUAUUUCUGAUAUUUAUCCGGUACUCUCAUCUGUUGCCUUGUCAUUGAAACAUCAUCAACGAGGUAAUUAACUGAUCAAAAACAUCAAAAUGACUUGAAUGAGUGCCUUUUUGUUGUGUACGCUGCCCACUGGCUAUAUGACCCCCUACCCAGCAAUGUUUAAGUCCACAGUUUUGCGACCUCAAUUUUUCCCCCAGCUUUAUUACUGCAAAUAACCCAGUGAAAGCGCAAGUACUAUGCACCGUAGUCGCUGUCUCCCACCAGUCAUAGAACCAGUAACCUCAGCGGAGGAGAGGCGCUCAUAACGGUACCCCUCUAAAAAACCUCCGGCACCUCCUCUUGGUGGAUUAUAUUUUAGCUUUAUAUCCCCGGGGGUGUGAAGAGUGCUGCAGGGAUGUUCGCCGCCGUGGAGCAUGGCCCGGUCCUCUGCAGCGACUCCAACAUCCUGUGCCUGUCCUGGAAGGGCCGUGUGCCCAAGAGCGAGAAGGAAAAGCCAGUGUGCAGGAAGCGUUACUACGAGGAGGGCUGGCUCGCUACCGGGAACGGGAGAGGAGUUGUCGGGGUCACGUUCACGUCCAGCCAUUGUAGACGGGAUCGACCCACCCCGCAGAGAGUCAACUUUAACCUCAGAGGGCACAACAGCGAGGUGGUAUUGGUGCGGUGGAAUGAGCCUUUCCAGAAACUGGCCACCUGUGAUACAGAUGGAGGGAUCUUUGUUUGGAUCCAGUAUGAGGGCCGCUGGUCUGUGGAGCUUGUCAAUGAUCGAGGAGCACAGGUGAGUGACUUCACAUGGUCCCAUGAUGGCACCCAAGCUCUCAUCUCCUACCGCGAUGGCUUUGUCUUGGUGGGAUCGGUGAGCGGACAGAGACACUGGUCCUCUGAGAUCAACCUGGAAAGUCAGAUCACCUGCGGUAUCUGGACGCCCGAUGACCAGCAGGUGUUGUUUGGAACUGCAGAUGGGCAGGUGAUCGUGAUGGACUGCCAUGGGCGCAUGCUGGCCCACAUUCUGCUGCAUGAGUCUGAUGGCAUCGUCAGCAUGUCCUGGAACUAUCCCAGCUUCCUAGUAGAGGACAGCAGCGAGAGCGACACAGACUCUGACGACUACUCCCCACCACAAGUGCACAGCCAGAAACCAUUGCUUACUGUCAGCUUCACCUCAGGAGACAUCAGCCUGAUGAACAACUAUGACGACCUCUCUCCCACUCUCAUCCGCACCGGUCUGAAAGAUGUGGUGGUCCAGUGGUGCUCACAGGGGGACCUGCUUGCAGUGGCAGGGAUGGAGAGGACCCUCCUCUCCCCAGAUUCCACCUGUCCUCCACCCACUAGGAACGCCAUUGUCAAGUUCUACAAUGUUCGAGGCGAACACAUCUACACACUGGACACACCAGCACAGCGCCCCAUCACAACGCUGUGCUGGGGUCACCGGGACUCUCGCCUCUUCUUGGCAUGUGGCCCGGCGCUAUACGUGGUUCGGGUGGAGCAUCGCGUCGCCAGCCUACAGCUCCUCUGCCAGCAGGGCAUCGCCACAGCAGUGAAGGAAGAAAAAGAUAUUGCCAAGCUUACCAUGCCUUCGCGCCUCUGUUCUUACGUCACUGCUGCUUUCGUCCCCACCAUCAAGCCCCCCAUUCCAGAUCCCAACAACAUGCGUGAUUUUGUUAGCUACCCAACAUCUGGGAAUGAGCGUCUGCACUGCACCAUGAAGCGUACGGAAGAUAACCCUGAGGUGGGGGGACCCUGCUACACUCUGUACCUGGAGUAUCUAGGAGGUCUGGUGCCCAUCCUCAAAGGUCGACGAAUAAGUAAACUGCGACCAGAGUUUGUCAUCAUGGAUCCCAAGACUGAUGGGAAAACAGAUGAGAUAUAUGGGAACAGUCUGAUAUCUGCCAUGAUUGACAGCUGCAACUGCUCAGACUCCAGUGACAUUGAGCUGAGUGAUGACUGGGUGGGCAAGAAAUCUCCAAAAAUAUCAAGGGGCAGCAAAUCCCCAAAACUACCCAGGAUCAAUAUUGAUCCCAGAAAAUCACCCAAACUGUCCCGUGCUACACAAGAGAUCUCCAGGUCACCACGUUUACCUAUACGGAAACCUUCGAUUGGAUCACCCAGUCUAACAAGGAGGGAAUUUCCUCUAGAUGACAUCACCCAGCAAAAUUACCUUGCUCAGGUAACAUCUAAUAUUUGGGGAACAAAGUUCAAGAUAGUGGGGCUGGCCACAUUCUUGCCAACCAACCUCGGUGCAGUCAUCUAUAAGACCAGCCUCCUCCAUCUGCAGCCCAGACAGAUGACCAUCUACCUGCCAGAGGUGCGCAAGAUCUCCAUGGACUACAUCAACCUACCAGUCUUCAGCCCCAACGUCUUCAGUGAAGAUGAAGAUGAUCUGCCUGUCACAGGCCCUGCUGGUGGAGCAGACGACAACCCACCUUGCACUGUCAACAUCCCGAUUGCACCCAUCCAUAGUCCCGCCCAGGCCAUGUCACCUGCCCAAAGCAUCGGCCUGGUCCAGUCACUCCUAGCCAAUCAAAACGUUCAGCUGGAUGUCCUAACCAAUCCCACAGCGACCCCUUCAGGGGCAGGUGCCAGUGGGUCAGACCAAAGCCAGGACGCCAUCCUGACAGCCCAGUACACAGUGCCCACCCGCUACUCCAGUCCUGGUCAGGUCAUCUUUGGAGGCCUAGAGAUGGGUCGCCUCAUGGUUGGACCCCCACCCUCCCAUCAUCCUUCACAACAACAACAACAACAACAACAGCAGCAACAACAACAACAUAGUCUGCAUCAGCAGCAGCAGCAACACCACCAACAGCAACAACUGCAACACCACCAACAACAGAUUCAGCAGCAGCAGCAGCAGCAACUCCACCAACAACAGCAGCAGAUGCUCCAGCACCAACACUUGCAACAACAGCAGCAGCAGCUUCAGCAACAGCACAUCCAGCAGCAACUUCAACACAUCCAACAACAGCAGCAGCAUCAACAUCAGCUCCAGCAGCACCUACAGCAACAGCAACAGCUGCAACAGCAGCAUCAACAAAUACAGCAGCAUCUCCAGCAACAGCAACAAAUGCAUCAUCAACAGCAGUCACAGCAGCAGCAUCUCCAGCAACAGCAGCACCAUCAUCAACUUCAGCAGCAGCAGCUGCAAAUUCAAAUUCCUGCUCCCUUGAUGUCAUCAGGUCAGCCUUCGGGUGCAGCAGUGCUCCAGCCAGGGGCGCUUCAGAUUCAGAUCCCUCAUCCACCCAAUGAUUUGGUGGUAGAGAGAGUGACAGGAGGUGAACAUGAGCACCUUCUAAAGAUCAAAAGCCCUCGGCCAGCUCCGCAGCUUGCUGAGGGAGAUACUGUGGUGUUCAGUUCGCCUCUAGAGAUCAGCAAAAUGAACCCACCACCCCCCUAUCCUGGGACAGUGGCAGCUGCUGUGGCUGCUGCAGCAGCUGCUGCUGCCGCUUCAGCGUCAGCCUCCACCACAGCCUCAAGUGCUGCCUCUGGAGCAGGAGCAGGUACCAGUGGGACUCCUCCUCCUGGGGACGUUUGUCUGAAAAAGGGUGAGUUCCCUCUUUACCCUCCAGGUCAGCAGCAAGCCCAGUACCCGACACCUCUGGGAUAUGAGAGGAUAACGACAUUUGACAGCAGUGGGAAUGUGGAGGAAGUGUGUCGUCCUCGAACACGCCUCGUCUGCAACCAGAAUGUCUACACACUCCAGGGACCUGGCAGCUCCGCCACUCUCAGGGUCACCUCCUCCUCUUCAUCAUCAUCCUCCGCAGCUGACAAGAAGGUCCAGCUGCCCUACGCCUCAGCCACCCUCAACAGACUCACUGCUCCUCGCUACUCCAUACCCAGUGGGGACCCGCCCCCGUAUCCUGAUCCAGCCAAUCAGAACAAUACCGUUGGCAGGAACCCUGGACAGAGACUGGAUAGCAGUCUUAUCCACGCCACUCUCAGGAGGAACAGCCGAGAGGCCGCUCUUAAAGUUUCACAAAUGCUGGAACCGCCCAGACCACUGCCUCCUAAGGCCAAAAACAGUAGUGCACUAGCAGCCUCAUUCCAGCAGAGGGUGCCAACAGCCUUAUACACCUGCAGCCAGUGUAGCACUGGAUCCAGUGGAGGCACUGCUCCAGGCAGCGCUAAUGGUAUAGCAGGAGGAACAAUUAUCAGACAGGAUUUUCCACCAGGGCCUGGAGCACCACACAGCACAGUUAUUGUUCACUCCAACAGUGCUACUCCUCUGGCCUCCCAGUCCUCUUACAACCUGCUGAGCUCUCUGGAUGGACCUGGGAGUGCAGCAGGAGGAGUGAGUAACAGAGACAGGGCUGAUUAUGUCAAUUCGGCAUUUACUGAGGACGAAACACUCAACCAGUCACUGAGGCAUCUAGCGUUGGGAGGCAGUGAUGCAUCGGGGCUAGUUGUUAAACGCCCUCCACCUUAUCAGUGGGACCCUGCUGCAACAGAAGAGGUGUGGGUUCCUCAGGAAAGGACAGCAACACUGAAUCCUCCUGGUCCCCCCGGAUCCCACAAACCUCCCCCACUUAUUCUUAGCCCAACUCAGCACUUGGAUGUUUCUAGACUGCCUUUUGUCCUUUCUCCAAAGUCCCCCACCAGCCCCAGUGCUGCAUCUUUUCAAGCUGCUGCAGCAGCUGCUGGCUACCAAAUCUCUCUACAGUAUCCUCCAGCAACUGCCUAUCCUGGAGCCCAGCUCCAGCCCAUCCCAGCGUCACCACGGCCUUGCCCUUCCCCAAAAGAAGUGGUAGCACCUGUACCCUUCUCACAGCAAGAUGCCACCCUUGUCUUAUCGCCUGGAUACCCGGCAAAUCUGGCAAACCUUGCCUGCUGCCCCCUCCCACCUUUGUAUCCAGGUGGAGGUGCUUGUGCUGGACUACCCAUUCCCCCCAUUGCCCUUCACACUCCUUGGGGUACCUAUAACUCUUGUCCACCUAUGCCCAGUCCUGCAGUGCCACUACCACCCAAAGCCUCCCACAUGGCAGUAGACAAAAAUGUGCUAUCCCCUCCUCCUCCUCCCCCACCCCCUCCUCCACCACCACCAGCAGAGCUGCAGAAUCAUGGAGGAUUACAGGAGGCCAUGGCAGAGGCUGGGGAAGCUUUUCAGGAGGUGCUCUCCUUGACUGAAAGCCCGGUCCCACAGAGGUCUGAGAAGUUCAGUAAGAAGAACCGUAAGCGGGCAGAUGGACGUGCAGAGGAAGCUAACGUGCCACCACUGGCUGAAGGGAGCAAAUCGAAGAAGGAGGGCAGAGCUUUAGGUGAUUUUAACUCACUCAUAUCCAGCCCACGGCUGGGAGGAAGGGACAAGAAGAAGCUGAAGGGACAGAAAGAACAGCAGCUGAAGGCAAAAAAGCUGAGCAAAGCCACUGCCAACAGUGAGUUUCAGGACAGUUCAGAAAGUGAGCCAGAGCUGUUUAUCAGUGGGGAUGAGCUGCUCAAUCAGUGCCAAAGCGGCAAGAAGGGCUGGAAGAGUAAGAGGAACCUAAGGGCUGCCAGUGAACUGGAUGAGAUCAAAUGUCGAAAGGCCAAUGAGAAGGAGGACAGAGGGCUGGGCAGCCAAGGGUUUGUUUAUGUCAUGGCAAACAAGCAGCCCCUGUGGAAUGAAGCCACGCAGGUGUACCAGCUGGACUUUGGUGGGCGUGUCACCCAAGAGUCUGCAAAGAACUUUCAGAUAGAACUGGAGGGCAGACAGGUGAUGCAGUUUGGCAGGAUCGAUGGCAAUGCCUACAUCCUGGACUUCCAGUAUCCCUUCUCUGCUGUGCAGGCCUUUGCUGUGGCUCUAGCCAACGUUACACAACGCCUCAAAUAAGAUGCCCUCCUCUUUGAUUACCCUGAGUUAUAUCUGGGAUUAAAAUGCAAUCUGUUGAAGGGGCUCACUUGAUUGGAUUGAGAUUAAAAAAUACUAAUUUUUUGAGAGAAGGCUAAUACCAGCCAUGGUCAUAGUGAGAGAAACAAUCACGCUGCACUGCACAAUGCUGCCACUAGAGUUGGUGCAAUAAGCAUUGGCUGCAUUUGCCAAGGACCCCUUCGAGCUGCCUUGUCUGGCAGUCAGUGGCACCUUGCAAUGCAUGUAGGGCCAAAGAACUGAGCUUUGGUAAUCAUCAUGCAAAUAAAUGCUGCUUUAGGUAGAAGAAGCUCAUAGUUACAUGCUAGCCAAUGAGUUAAAGUAGUGAGAGAAAAAGUUGUGGUGCAGUUUUGAAACAAAGCAGCAGUAAUACUUGAAAACCACACUCUGGAGAACAAAGUAGUUUUAUUUUUCCUCAGAGUGCACAGGUACUACUGGGCACUGAAAUCCAUUGCUGUACAAAAGUUCAGUGAAACAGUUACCACUUUAUUAUACUGCUUUUGCUUUUAGGAUUUUAUUAAAUAACAUGGUUGAGGGUAGGAGGGUCUUAGUUUUCUAGCUCUCUGCCAUUCUUUUUGUUACUAUCUCAGUCUAUCUCAGUUGGAAUGGAGGCUUAGAUAUAUGCAUCAUUCUGGAGCACUACUAGAAGUUCACACUUUCCACAGCUGUGAAAGGUGUGUCACUGAUACAACACUUGGGAGUAAAGGUAGUUGAGGUGAACUGUAGUCUUUUUCAUGUGUUUUCCUGGGACUUUGAAGGAAAAAUAGAUGUUACUCUGCUACACGGAUUAAUUUAUAUGUAAAUUUUGUUGUUUAUCCAGAUAUGAAUUUCACAUUAUUGUCAUUGUUUGUGAUAUACAAUCUUUGUACCCUGUCUACAUAGUUUUCAACUUACCUGCUUUAUUUGGGAGACUGUUGGCUGAAUUUAAAAUAUGCUGUGCCGUCUGGUGGGAGGGGCUUACAGAAUAGCUUUGACUGACAUAUCCUGUUCUUAGUGUAAAAUCCAUAUACGGUGACAUGGGCGCAAAAAGAAGGAGCUGCCAGGGUCUGGGGUUGAAUAUCUCUGGCGUGAAGUGGUGUGUCACCUGCUGUCACUUCUGUGAAGUGAGUGUGUAGUUUGGAGAGAGGAAGGGAGCUACCCCUGCUCUUAAAGCCCACACUAUAAAAACAUAUAAGCAAGGUACAGGAAAUAUUUUUGUAUAUUUCACCUAUGCCAUUUCAUACUCUCUCCAGAAGUCAUGUAAAUACAUAUCAGUCAGAUGUAAAUGUUGUAAAGAGGUUCGGGUGACUUUGACACCUGUCUCCACUGUGUUUUUAGUGUUACUUCAGGUGUGGCGCCAAGCUGUAGUACUGUUUAACUCAACAGCUACAACCACAAAAAAACAAGGUAAAAAGCUGAUCAUUGUCACUGAAUAUUUGAAGGCAGAACUCCAAUGAAGGAUGAAGCUAUUGACAUAUUUCAUUUAAUAAGCUGACACUGAAAUCUUUUUAUUUUCUUUCAGGCAGCCGAGCUUGUGUUCAUGUUGAACUGAGGACACUAAGCAGGGCCAGUUGGUAGGAGUAAAUUAUUAGGCACAUUGCUUAUAUCUGCAGUAGGUUGUUUGAAAAAGAAAGUAGAAAAAGGCAGUUUUAUUUGGGCUUUAUAACAAUAGGUAGGUGUGCUUUGGUUCACAUGAAAUAUUUGUGCCAAAUUCUGCAUUUGCAAAAAUGGGUUGAGGGGGAAGAUAAAAACAAUUCUUACCAUGAUGAAAAGAAAGCAGUCACUUUGGACCAGCUCUGUUUUGGUCUCUGAAUUCAUGAGAUUAUUUCAUUCUUUAGUGUGAUUUUUCUAUAUUACGAUGAGAUGCAUGUCUGUCAUAGAAGACUGAAGGGGGUUUAAAAAUAACAAAAAAGGUCUUUACUGAAAAGCAACAUGAGCAUGUCAUAAAAUACCCAUCUUUUGUGUUAGUUGUGCAAUAUUUUUUAGAGGAAAAAUCUUAUGUUAACACUUUUCAUCACAGUUCUUUGAGUUCAGCAUCCAGGUUGCUGGUCUGUACAUUUUAUUUAUGAGAUUAUUUCCUAAAGGAGAUAAAGUACUUAUACAUACUGUAUAUUGUGGAGUUUUUUCCUGAACAUUUCUUUGUGUUGAUGAAAAAAAAUGUAGCCCAUGCUGUGCGAUGAAAAGGUGGGGGUUGUUUAAGGAAGGUCGGGAAAGGGCAAAUUUUCUGUUUUUUUGUGAAAUUUGCAUUGGAUGGAAAAGAUGUGAAUGAGUAAGUGCCCAGUUUAGUGUAGUUGAUAGACUAGUAAUGUCGAGUGUAACUGUCAAGUCAAGGUGUGUCUUUAUUCAACUGUGCAGUCUACCAAUCCCAUCAGUGUUAAUCUAUUCUCUUUAAACAUGUGGUCAUGGCUUCUUACGCAUACACAUACAUAAACACAGAUUGUUCACAUAAUUUCACGAGCGUAAGCCACUGAGUUCAUGUUCAGAACUGCCUAUGGACUCAGGUGAAGGAUUCACUUUAAACUGAUUUCAUGAGAUGAUCUGUUGUAGAUAUUGUAGGAUCUGGCUUUUCUUUGGAAGCGAUAUGUGCUUUGUAUUUGUAGAUGUAGACUUAAACGACAAAAACACUUGAAAAGAAUCUGAGUCUGAUUUGGUGACUGAACGUUUAUAGUUAAUGGAUAGUAAGGCAUGCCAUGUAAAUUAUUUUAUAAUUGUAUAUGUCACACAUCUUUUGAAUAAAACGUAAUUGUUUCAG